GGCCACGUUCUAACUCCGUACACUACCGAUAGAGGGCGGUAGUCACUGCACAUGCGGUGAGAUUUGUUUACCACAUGUAGAACUUCGACAAUUUGUAUCAGAAGUCGGUAUAAAUUGUUGUGUAAAUUCCUGAUACUGCAGACCAGCAAGGCAAGAAUGGCCAAGACGGCGCCUGCCGAGUCCGCUUGGACACCUCCUCUUAAGAAAGCUAAGUUGAGUAAAGGUCAGUUGUACAAACCACCGACUAACGAGGAACUGAAUAGCUUAAAGGAAACAGAGAAUCUCUACCAGUCCAAUCUCUUCCGUUUGCAGAUGGGAGAGCUGAUUGGUGAGAUCCAACUUAAGGAAAAGCGCAAGAAACUCAUUACGAAGACGCUCCAGGAGCUCAAUAACAUUCUUACAAGUCUGCCGUCACAAGAAGUAGCUGAGAUUUCAGAUUUACGGAGUUGGCUCCCAAAAGACCUUCAAACGCCAAUCACUUGGGAGAGAACACAGGUCAAGGGUCGUAUGUCUUUCCAAAAGCCAGCGUCGGUGAAAGUAGUAGGAAGCUUCUUGUUAGACACGCUGACCCGACCUGACCUCAACAUUGACCUAGCCUUGGAAAUGCCACAGUCUUGUAGACAGCCCAAAGACUACCUGAAUUUCCGGUACCACCACAAGAGGGCACUCUACUGUGCUUACCUAGCCAAUCAGCUGAGAGGUCAAGCUUUGGUGGAAGAGGUCAGCUAUUGCUGGAAGGAUGGUGAUCAGAUGAGGCCGAUAGUUUUACUGAAACUUGCCGGGAAGAGCAGCGGAAACAUCCGUGUGAAGCUUCACCCGUGCCUCCCAGACGAUAGCUUCAAGAUGUCUCGUUUAUUUCCCACUAAGAGUAACAUCCGCAAGCAAUGGUACUCCGGGGAUGAAGAUACAGAAGAGACUUUCCCAGCCAACCCAGCGUACAACAACGCCAUCUUGGCCGACAUGUACAUGGAGAAACAUCUACACUGUCUGUACAAUACUGCCCUGGACUUCCCCGGGUUCAAGGAUGGCAUACUACUCCUCAAGGUCUGGCUCCAUCAGAGACAACUUGAUAAGGGUGGUGGAGCAUUCAGUGGCUUCAUUGCGUCAAUGCUAGUUGCCUACCUGGUGUCUAAACGUACUGUCAACAAGCUCAUGAGUGGCUACCAAGUAUUUAGGAACACUGUACAAUUCAUAGCCCACAGUGAUUGGACAACAAAGGGGAUCUCUCUGAAUGCUGACCCAGCCACUGAAGAACUACCCAGUAUUGCAGACUUCCAUCAGUGUUUUGAUGUCGUAUUCUUGGACCCAUCAGGCUCCCUCAAUCUCUGUGCAAACAUGAACAAGGCAACUUUCAAACAGGUACAUCAUGAAGCUAAGCUAGCUGAGCGCUACCUGAAUACAAAGGCUAUUAAUAGCUUUGACUGUCUCUUCAUGAUGGAGGUGCCCUUUGUCAGGACAUUUGAUCAUCUCUUCCACUUGAAGGAUCUGAGCCAAUUCAAGACGUCUUGCCGGUGUUUCAAGGAGUUGGAUGAUGCCUUGAUGGAUCGAGGAGAUAACUACGUGACGACAUGCUUACCGAAACUUCUCACCCUGCUGCAGCGAGGUCUUGGAAGCAGAGUGGAUUUAGUGGCAGUCAAACUCCAGCCUGACCAACAGUGGAGUACAUCAAGCCCACCUCCAAAGCCUGAGGACUCGGGACCUUUGAUCUUUGGUCUACUACUAAACAUGGAGUAUGCAAACAGUGUGCUGGAGAGAGGACCAGAGGCUAACACACCGGAGGCGGAGGAGUUUCAGAAGUUUUGGGGGAAGCUUUCUGAGUUGCGUCGAUUCCAGGAUGGGUCAAUCUGUGAGGCAGUCGUAUGGCCAGGUCAAACAAUGGCUGAGAAACGUUUAAUCUGUUGUCAUGUCAUCAAACAUCUAUUCAGCACUCACGCCGGCAUAUCACCAGAUACUUUAAUCUACAUUGGCGGACAGUUGAACCCUAUCCUUCAACAAUCUGCAUCAAGCAAACCCCACGCCACAACCCAGAGCACGCCCAAGGACAGACAGGAUCCCCACCCAGGGGUUGGUAGCACUGGUGAGGAGGAUAACGUAGCAUUGAUACAGAGCUAUAAUGACUUCACCAAGGACCUUAGGAGUCUAAAGGACUUCCCCUUAGUGAUGACAUCAAUUCAAGGGAUUUCCCCUGCACUCAGAUACACAGAGGUGUUUCCAGCUGGUCCAGUUAAUGUGAAGAGGACUUCCCCUCUUACUAGAGUCAAUGGUUACGUACAGGUGCCAGUCUUCAAUCAGCCAUGCCCUGAGUGGGUCCCUGCCAUUAAAGUAAUCUGUCAUCUGGAAGGAAGUGGAAAGUGGCCAGACGGUCUUGAGGCCAUACAGAGGAUCAAAGCAGCGUUUCACAUCAGGCUAGCUGAGAUGCUUCAUAAACAACAUGGACUAGUCACCUCGGCCACACCAAAAUACCUGGAUGCUCUGAAGGGCGGUUACGUCUUCCGAGUAGAGGUUGCUCACAGACGAGAAGUCGGUUUACUGAAGGAGACCAUUGCCCCUGAUGGAAUGAAGAUACUACGUGAUAACCCGCAAUCUGUCGAACUGGAGAAACGAACUGUAAUGCUACCAAGACUCACAAGUACACUGCACGGAAUUCAUCAGCAGCACCCAGCCUUUAGUGGAGCCGUCCGUCUAGCCAAGCGUUGGGUCUGUGCUCAUCUCCUUUCCAACCAUGUCCCUGAAGAGUGCAUUGACCUCUUAGUGGCUUAUCUAUUCAUCCAGCCGGCUCCAUACACUGUACCUUGUUCACCCUCGGUUGGAUUAGUAAGAUUUCUUCAUCUCUUGGUCCGUCAAGAUUGGAAAGAAUCUCCGCUAAUUAUCAAUCUCAAUGGUGAGAUGAAAGGUUCUGACUAUGAAGAAAUCCGACAGCAUUUCAUUGAGCACAGAAGUGAACUUCCCGAUGUCUUCCUUUCCACACCGACCGAUAGGCUCAACUCUGUAUGGACACAGAAACAACCCACAGCUCAGAUCUUACAGAGGUUACUUGUUUUAGCCAAAGAGUCUCUGAAACUUCUUAUGUCUCAGAUGAUGGUGACGGAUGCAACAGUGGACUUUAAGCAAAUCUUCCGGCCACCUGUUGACCUCUACGACGUCGUUAUUCAUCUCCGGCCCAAACUGGUUCCCAGACGAGGGGAGAGCAUUGAUGGGAUGAAAACACAAGGUCAGAGGUCAGCGACUGAGAAGAAGGUCACCCAAGAGGUCAAGCAGCUUCCUGUUAUAGAUUUUGAUCCUGUUACGUUGUACCUUCAGGAAUUGGAGAUUGCUUACGGUGACACAGCUUUGUUUUUCUACGAUCACCAUGGCGGCGAUUACAUCACUGUUUUAUGGAAUCCUACAGCCUUCAAACCUCAAGCUUUUAAGGUUCUUCAGGCGAAAGCUAAGAUGCCCCAGCAAGGGGCUGCAUCAGGAACCAAGGAGCCCCUGAUGGUCCCUAAUGUAGAAGCCAUCAUUGAAGACUUUCAGACUCUAGGGCAGGGCCUGGUUCAAUCCGUGGAAGUACGCACCGAGAAAUGGGUCAUAUGAAGAAGAGAUGGUGUACCAAUAGAUGGAUUGCACAAAGCGUCAUCGACCGCCAUAUUUGAUGAUAAACAAUGGGAAAGGUACACAUGCUGCGCACAACUCUAAGCCGACGGUAGCCUUUCACGCUUGCACUUUUCAUCUAAGAUGGUAGUCAAUGACGACAUGUGCAAUCCAUCUACAUGUAUACACUGCAACUGUUUCAAGUCUUGUUCCCUCACACUCUGCUCUGAAAGGAAUUCUGGAGGAUUAACUAGAAGUGCUACCCUUCAACCCCCCCCCCCCCCCCCCACCCAACACACACACUCACAAGUGUGUAAACACCUGCAAUCGUGACCCUCCUUAGUUCAACUCAUUUUGGCAGCAACUGUGGACCAUUCCUUUGUGAUACAUAUACAUGUAUAGGUCCCUGGUUUGAAUGUGGAUAAAAACCCAUACCAAACUCCCAGGCAUGCCCACCCUUUAACCAUUUUUUUUUAACCUUAAAAGUUUCAGAAAAUGUUUUUUGUUUUUAAGUGGAAUUGAGUUCACUUGACCCAAGGGAAAUGGGAUCGUUCUGGGAUUUCACAAGCCGGGGAAAAACCGGCUUGGUGUACUAGUGACUGAAUUCUGCGAGUGGUUUCAUAUAACACUUCAGUCCAAAAUAUGAAGAAAGAAAAAUUAUUAAUAAAUAAUAAUUUGAGAAUAAAAAAUGUCAGGGUUAUAGCUGAACUUUUAUAGUUGCGCAGUUCAACUAUGAGGGAUUCAACAACUAAAGGGCGUUUAGUUGCACUAGAUUCAGUUUUUGAGUUGCUGUUAACGUCAUGAGAGGGCCCUGUUAAUCAACAAUUGCUUAAAGACACUGGACACCUUUGGUAACUGUCGAAGACCAGUCUUCUCACUUUGUGUUUUUCAACAU